AAAACAUAUUGUUUUUUAUUUUUUGCGUUUUGUAACAUUCCAUCAAUGUUAACUUUCCGCUAGUAUCCAGCAGGUCGUUCCUAAACUCAGCAUAAAUGGCUUUCCAUUGGUGCUGGAAAACGACUGUUAUAUCAAUUGAUGAGUUCCUUUGAUGAAAUUAGCGCUUAUUUUAGGAACUUACCCUAUUUACAUCAAAUGGACUAAGUGAAGGUUCCUACCUGGUUACAUCGAUUAUUACUCUGUUUUAAAUAAGAUGGGCGUUGAAAGAAAAAGUGGUCGCAGAAGUCGCAGCAGAGAAAGGGACCGGAGAGAAAGGAGAAGGUCUCGAAGCAGAUCUAAAGAGCGAAAAAGAGACAAAAUAAAGGAUCGGUCACGUUCAAGAAGCAAAAGCCGUGAACGUGAAAAGGACAAAGAAAGGGAAAGAGAUAAAAUAAAAAAGUUAGAAAAAUCACCGCCUCCAGCAACUAAAACUGAUAAUAAAAAGGAUGAAGGUAAAAAGGAAGAGGAAGAAGUGGAGGAAAUUUCAAAUAACAAAAAGGAACCACUUUCUUUAGAAGAACUUUUGGCCAAGAAAAAAGCUGAAGAAGCCGCCAAAAGCAAGCCAAAAUUCUUAAAUAAAGAAGAACGUGCUGCUGAAGCUAUCAGAAGAAGGAAAGAAGAAGUCGAAGCUCAGAGAAAAGUUUUGGAUGAACAAAGAAAGCGUUUUGAGGCAUUCCGGGCUCCAGAGAUUCCAGAAAGUAGGUCAAGAGAUCAUGACAGGAGAGAAAGAAAUCGCGAAGCAAGAGUAGAAGACAAGGAAAGUGUAAAGGACAAAGAAAAAGAAGGUGAAGCAAUUAAAGAACGCUAUUUAGGCUUGAUUAAAAAAAAACGAAGAGUAAGAAGAUUGAACGAUAGAAAGUUUGUUUUUGACUGGGAUACCACCGAGGAUACAUCAGUUGAUUAUAACCCUCUUUACAAAGAAAGGCAUCAGGUGCAAUUCUUCGGUCGAGGGAAUGUCGCCGGUAUCGAUAUAAAAGCCCAGAAAAGAGAUCAGUCCAAAUUCUAUGGAGACCUAUUGGAAAAAAGGAGAACAGAAGCUGAAAAAGAACAAGAAAAAGUCCGUUUGAAGAAAGUUAAGAAAAAAGAAGACAAACAAAAAUGGGAUGAUCGUCAUUGGUCAGAAAAAGACCUUCCUGAAAUGACAGAAAGAGACUGGAGGAUAUUUAGAGAAGAUUAUAACAUCACAAUAAAAGGAGGAAGAAUUCCAGAUCCCAUUAGAAAUUGGAAAGAAGUCAACUUCUCUCCCGAAAUUAUGGAAAUCGUUGAUAAAGUUGGUUACAAAGAUCCAACUCCUAUUCAGCGGCAAGCUAUCCCGAUUGGACUCCAGAACAGAGAUAUUAUUGGUGUUGCUGAAACUGGUUCAGGAAAGACACUUGCCUUUUUGGUUCCUCUAUUGAUGUGGAUUCAAUCCUUACCGAAGAUUGAAAGACUAGAAGAUGCAGAUCAGGGACCUUAUGCUAUUAUACUGGCUCCUACGAGAGAGUUGGCUCAACAGAUAGAGGAAGAAACUAACAAGUUCGGAGGACCAUUGGGAAUUCGAACAGUGGUUGUUGUAGGAGGUCUUUCCCGAGAAGAGCAAGGUUUCAGACUUCGAUUAGGUUGUGAGAUUGUUAUUGCUACACCUGGUCGUCUUAUCGAUGUUUUAGAAAAUAGGUAUUUGGUUCUGAAUCAGUGUACGUACAUUGUUCUUGAUGAAGCAGACAGAAUGAUUGAUAUGGGUUUCGAACCAGAUGUGCAGAAGAUUCUAGAUUAUAUGCCAGUCACCAACUUAAAACCUGACAAUGAGGAUGCAGAAGAUGAAACUAAACUUCUGGCAAAUUAUAAUACAAAGAAGAAAUUCAGACAGACUGUGAUGUUUACGGCUACUAUGCCACCGGCUGUUGAAAGGCUUGCUAGAACAUAUUUGAGGCGCCCUGCAGUCGUCUACAUUGGUUCCGCUGGUAAACCAACCGAGAGGACGGAACAAAUUGUAUACAUUAUGUCAGAACAGGAUAAGAGGAAGAAGUUGAUGGAAAUAUUGAGCAGAGGUGUAGAACCUCCAGUCAUUAUUUUUGUCAAUCAAAAGAAAGGUGCCGAUGUACUUGCCAAGGGAUUGGAAAAACUUGGUUACAAUGCUUGUACAUUGCAUGGUGGUAAAGGUCAAGAACAAAGAGAAUAUGCAUUGGCCAGUUUGAAAUCUGGUACAAAGGACAUACUCGUCGCCACAGAUGUUGCUGGGCGUGGUAUUGAUAUCAAGGACGUUUCUCUGGUUAUUAAUUACGACAUGGCUAAGUCCAUCGAAGAUUACACACACAGAAUCGGUCGUACCGGUAGGGCUGGUAAGACUGGUGUCGCCAUCAGUUUUCUUACGAAGGAUGAUUCUGUUCUCUUUUAUGACUUGAAACAAGUUAUACUUGCUUCGCCAGUGUCUGUGUGCCCUCCGGAACUUCUAAACCACCCUGAAGCUCAACAUAAGCCUGGAACUGUUGUCGUUGCGAAAAAGAGACGAGAAGAAAAGAUUUUUGCUUAAUAUAGAUUAUAUGAUAGAAAAUUAGUUUCAUUUAUUUUAAAUGCUUUUAUAAUUAAAUAUCGAGAUGUUUUAUAUUUAUUAUGUAUAAAAAAUAAUUAAUAAAAUAUCAUAAAAUUGUA